AAAUAGUUCAGGUAUAAAUAGGUGUCAGUGAAACACUACCGCAACAAAACAUGAACAUUGUAAAAGAUUUAAAUUGUUCUCGAAAAAUGUAAGUACACUGCAGUGAGAUGAUCGCACUUAACCCGACUCACCGAAUUGGUGGUGGGAAUGAAAUGAGAUUUUGUCCAGGAAAGAACGAGCCGUGAGUAGAAAGGUCUGACAACUGAGGACUAUUAAUUACAUGCCGGUGUAUUUUGAUAAGGUAAAUACCUACAAUAAUCCACAAUGUUUGUGGCAAGACACAUAAAGACUGAGCACAAGGAUUUGAUCCAUGAUGUCGCCUACGACUUUUACGGCACCCGAAUGGCUACUUGUUCCAGCGACCAGACAGUUCGAAUAUGGGAGGUGGACCACGCUACGGGCAACUGGUCAUGCACAGCCUGUUGGAAAGCACAUAGUGGUUCCGUGUGGAAAGUAACUUGGGCGAACCCGGAGUUUGGUCAGGUUUUGGCCACCUGCAGUUUCGAUAGAACGGCUGCCGUAUGGGAGGAAGUUGUUGGGGAGGGGAAUAUUGGUGACAAAGUUUCAGCCACUCAUUGGGUGAAACGAACGACCCUGGUGGAUUCUCGUACGAGUGUGACGGACGUCAAAUUUGCCCCAAAAUAUUUGGGAUUGGUACUUGCGGCAUGUAGUGCAGAUGGGUUUGUCCGAAUUUAUGAAGCACCCGAUGUAAUGAACCUUACCCAGUGGUCUCUGCAGUACGAGGUUUCGGCAAAAUUCUCAUGUUCCUGUAUCGCAUGGAAUCCUACAUAUCCACGACAUUUUGCACCAAUAAUUGCAGUUGGGAGUGAUGACACUUCGCCCGACACACCUAAAGUACUGGUUUACGAAUUUAAUGAGAAUUUACGAAGAUGGAAUAAGAUUGACAGCUUGCAAGAUGUGACGGAGCCUGUGAACGAUUUGAGCUUUGCGCCCAAUUUAGGAAGAUCUUAUCAUUUGUUGGGAAUUGCCGGGAAAGAUUUAAAAGUCGUUUCUUUAGAGCCUCAAGGGAUGGAGGAGGAUAGCCAAGGAGCGACGCGCUAUAUUGUUCGAACAGUGGCCAAGUGUUCCGAGCAUAAUUCAACUGUUUGGCGUGUAGCCUGGAACAUUACGGGGACAAUUUUAGCCUCAUCGGGCGAUGAUGGUGUUGUUCGAUUGUGGAAAGGAAACUAUAUUGGGAACUGGAAGCUAGUCUCCAUUUUGAGAGGGGACGGAACUCAAUUGGCAAUGACGGAAGCAGGUGCAUCUGCGAGCCCCUUUGGGAGUUCUCCGGUUGUAUCUUCAAUUGCCACCACGAGCAGCAGCACCGCUACCACUACCGCUUCGCGAUUCAUGAAAUUUGCAGCCGCUAGUGGCGUCAAACAAGAUGUCGUUUGGCAUUAAAUAAUUAAUCAAAUAGUUCACAAGGAACAGACAAUACAGGCACCGAAUAAUGAAAUAUGAUGAUGAAUCGUCGUCGUUUCUUAAAAAUGAGAUAAUUUAAUUUUCUAUGUUUUCUUUAUAAUACAAAAUUCAACACCAUUGUAUAUUCGAAUCUUUCACAGCUUGUAAAAUUAUUUUAUCAUAUUUAUUUCUAUUACACUUGAAUAAAACUGGUUACGUAUCAUA